UUGUAAAAGAAGUGGUGAAGUGUUUCUGGUAACAAAAAGUGGAAGAAUCAUUACAGCGUCAGACUAGAAAAAAAAAAGAAGACGAAAGCAGACAGAGAACUGCAAUUACUUGUGACCACGAAGAUCUCAAUACAUGCAAAUAAAAUCUGUCUUGUAGGAUGCAGAAAAAACGCUUUUGGGUUGGACACAAUAUGAGGACCGAGAUCAAUUUGUUCUGUUUACUUCUUGUACUAACAUUUCAAGUUUCUUCAUGUUUUAACAUCGACACGGUCAAGUUCUGGAAUUACACAACAGAGAGCAGUUCUCUUUUUGGACAGAAGGUGCUUCAGUAUCAACAUGGCACAAACAAGGGUAUUUACGUGAGUUCACCUUUACAAGAUAUUAAGAAGAGAAUAUUUGAAGGGGUCUUCAAGUGCACAGUUCCUAAAGGAGGGCAAAACUUGCAUUGCGAAAAGAUGGAUCCUUUUCAAGGAAGAAGUCAAGCUCCUAGAGUUGCACCCUAUCCUAUUAUAUCAUUAGCCAGAAAUGCAGACAGUACUCUGAUCUGUCAACAGAUGAAGGGUCGAAAGAACAAAAGCACUGCUGGAGAAUUAAAUGGGGAGUGCUUACUGCUUGGAACUGGCACUGGCGUUCAAACAUUCCCCGAUCUUGCAACAACUGCUCAUAACACGUCCAAGGGGAAAAACACAAAUAAUAAUAAUAAUAAUAAUAAUAAUUAUGGCGUAGAGGAGACCACUGCAGUGAAAGAUAACAAUAUGGAAGAUGUGGACGAUGAUGAUGAUGAUGUCACAGAGAUUGCAAUCGUUCUGGAUGGCUCAGGCAGUAUUGAAAAAGAGGAUUUCCAAAAGGCAAAGGAUUUUAUUUCCAAUAUGAUGAAAAUGUUCUGGGAGAAAUGUACACAGUGUGACUUUGCUGUUGUUCAGUAUAGUGAUGUGAUCCUAAAAGAAUUUGAUCUGCAGGAAAGCCGACAAGAUAGCAACCAUGCAUUACAAAAGGUUCAACAAAUAGAACAAGUAGGACAUGUAACCAAGACAGCUUCAGCUCUUCAAUAUGUACUAGAUAACAUUUUUAAUGAAGCCAGUGGUUCCAAACCAAAAGCCAAGAAAAUUAUCCUGGUGUUGACAGACGGUGACAUAUUUAUGGAUCCAUUAAACUUAACAACAGUCAUCAAUUCACCAAAAAUGCAAGAUGUUGAACGUUUUGCGAUAGGGGUUGGAGAUGCUUUUAACAAGUCAAAGACAUUGAAUGAGCUGAAGCUUAUUGCAUCUCAAGAGGAUGGUCAUGUCAUUCGUGUUGAAGAUUAUUCAGCACUAGAAGGACUUCUUUCCUCCCUGGAGCAGAAGAUAAUUGGAAUAGAAGGUACAAAAGGUGACAAAUUGGAAUUUGACUUGGCAGAGAUUGGAUUUGCAGUACAUGCAAGAAACAAGUCAUUCGUAUUUGGUGCUGUCGGCUCAUUUGACUGGUCAGGAGGGAUGUUACUUUAUCAAACUCAGCAUCCACACAAAGUGGAAUUUCUCAGAGAAACCAUUUCAGAAGACAAUGCAAAACCAUCAAAAUAUGGAUAUUUAGGAUACAGUGUAACCAUAGCACAGACCAAAAUAUACACCUUCUACAUUGCCGGAGCUCCACACCAUUCCAAUGUUGGACAAGUCAUAGCGUUUGAGGAGGAUAUCACUUCCUAUCAUCCCAUUUAUCUAAAAGGAGAACAGCUUGGAUCCUACUUUGGUUUUGAGCUCUGCACUGUGGAUAUUGAAACUGAUGGCUAUACUGAUUUUCUCCUGGUGGGAGCACCUUUCUAUCAUAUUCAAGGAGAGGAAGGGAAAGUUUAUGUUUAUAAGAUAAACAGUAUGGGCAAUUUUACAUUGGUUUAUACACUAGAGCAAAAUUCUUACUCAUUUGCCAGGUUUGGGUAUUCUGUAGCUAGUAUUGGUGACAUUAAUCAAGACGGCUACCAAGAUAUUGCCGUAGGAGCUCCUCUAGAAGGCCAUCUUGAACAUCCUGAUAAUUUUGGAAGUGUUUACAUCUACAAUGGCAAAAAAGAUGGAAUUCGUAGAAUACCCUCUCAGCGAAUCACAGCAUUAACGUUCAACAAACAAAAAUUGCAGUACUUUGGCCAGUCCAUAGAUGGCGGCCUGGACCUUACGAAUGAUGGUUAUCCUGACAUAUCAGUGGGAGCUCUAGCAAGUGUUAUAGUGUUGAGGUCUCGCCCAGUUGUUAAAAUAACAGCCAAUGUGCGGUUCAUGCCAAGUGAAAUUCCACUUAUCCUUACCAAUGAUGAACUAGUUGUGGACAUCUGCUUUAACAUUUCACCAUUAAAAACCACAGAAAUGAAAAAAACCUCUCUCAAGUACUCUCUGGACCUGGAUGUUGACAUGCACGAAAAACGCAUAACAUUUAAGGAGGAUUCUGAGAAAGGAUCACUUUCCUUGAUUGAAAAGAACUGUACACGACUUUUGCUGGCUCUACUGCCAUGUAAUUAUGAUUGUUUCAGUAAUAUUAGAAUAAAAAUUUCUUAUACGCUGAAUGCAGACCAGCUCCGACGUGACCUUCCCGCACCAAUACUGGAUAUGUAUGAACCCCAAUACACUUUUGUUGAGCUUCCUUAUGUGAAAGACUGCAAUAAUAAGACUACCUGCAUUCCUAUCUUAAAGUUAAUAACAGAAGAAUCGGGGAGGGGGCUUGUAGUUGGACAAACCAAAGAUUUGACAGUGAAUUUUACCCUUAUCAACUCCGGUGAUGACUCAUACAGGACAACUAUUUUGAUAGCCUACCCCAACAACCUGCAAGUCAAAAUCAUAAAAACGCCAAAUUCUCCCAGCAUCAAAUGUUCAGAUCACAAAACUCUACAGUCAUCUCUGAAUUGUGACAUUGGACAUCCUGUCUUCAAAGCAUCUAAUGCAGCAUUUUCUGUUGUUUGGCAACUAAAUGAAUUAAAGUUCACUGAAGAAAACGUAAUCAUUAAUAUUAAUGUUAGCAACAUUAAUAAUAUCACAAAUCUCCCGCACCAUCAAAUUUUGCUUCCAGUGAAACAUUCCUUCAGUGCUGUCCUCUCUGCACCGCAAGUACUCGUUGUGACCAUAAACCAAGAACCAGCACGAAAUCAAGAGGUUCAGUAUACCUUUGAUGUUAGCACAGAAAAUCAGUAUGACGCGACAAUAGUUCUAUCUAUCCAAGUUCCUGUUACAAUGCAAAGUGUCACUAUUUCUUCUGUAAAAAAUAUCCAAAAGACUCAGAACUCAACACAGUGUGAGGACGUUACAAAGUUGUGUGGACGUGAUCAAGAAUGUGGAGACAUCUUAUACCACAAUAUCAAAUGUAAUAUAACUGGACGGGAGCACAUCACUGUAACUGCAGACUUGUUCCUAUCAGAUAUGGCAAAGCUAGUAGAGAAUACAAAAAAGUUUCUGGUCACUGGUGAAAUUAUUUAUGACAAGAACCUGUUUGUGAAUUUGGAGAAUUCAGAAAAAGCACAGAUAUCUGUCAUGCUUCAUAAAGAUAUUCCGGUUAAUCUUUUGCCAGUCAUGAUUGGUAGCUCAAUUGGAGGAAUUCUUCUUCUGCUUGUUAUUGUGGUAAUACUUGUCAAGUGUGGCUUCUUUGAAAGAAAGUACAAAAAUUUUGAUGAACAAGAAGACCAGACUCACAAGUGACUGAUUUAAUGAAGUUUGAGAACCAGAAGAUGACACCCUUUAGAAAAUAUGGAUAUUGCAAAGAAGUAUAAAAUGUAUUGGAAGCACAAGGCGGCAUAUAAGUAAAAGGACCGUGGAAACAGCAUUAUGAUUGUACUGAAAGAUUCUAAAAAUGAGGAUCUUUUGUCUGCUUUAAAAUUUAUAUGUUAGCAAUAUCACAUCAGUGGAACACCUUAGAACAGAGCAAUAAUGUAUAACCACGUGUCCAAACCUUGACAAUUAAUUUGAUGGCUCAAUAAACCACCAAGGGUCUUUAUCAAGCCAUACAACAUGUGCAUCAUGCAUAAUUAUAUAAAUAUGGACUUACAAUUAGCAGUGCAAUCACAGUGCAGUGUUACUGUCACAGUAUUUUUAGA